UAAUAAGGAAGGGUGACCUGGGGAGGAUGCAGGGGCGCUGAGAAGAACCGCAUUCUCCUUUUUGUAUUCCCUGAGAGAGUCAGGGAGAGGCAUUACAGUCCCCUAGAACAGCCAGUCCCCUCCCAGUCUCCAAGACGUGGACAAGACAGAACCCAAGAGGAGGCAGCCUCAGCAUGGACGGCAGUGCCAGCCCCAUGCCCACCCCCAGGGCACUACCAUACUAUGUGGCCUUCUCUCAGCUGUUGGGCCUGACUGUGGUGGCUGUGACUGGGGCCUGGCUGGGUCUGUACCGAGGGGGCAUUGCCUGGGAAAACGUGCUGCAGUUUAACGUGCACCCCCUCUGCAUGGUCAUUGGCAUGAUCUUCCUGCAGGGUGAUGCCCUGCUGGUUUACCGCGUCUUCAGAAAAGAGGCCAAACGCACAACCAAGGUGCUGCACGGGCUGCUGCAUGUCUUUGCAUUCGUCAUUGCCCUGGUGGGCUUGGUAGCUGUGUUCGACUAUCACAAGAAGAAGGGCUAUGCGGACCUGUACAGCCUGCACAGCUGGUGUGGGCUGCUUGUCUUUGUUCUUUACUUUGUACAGUGGCUUGUGGGCUUCAGCUUCUUCCUGUUCCCUGGAGCUUCAUUUUCUCUCCGGAGCCGCUACCGCCCUCAGCACAUCUUCUUCGGAGCCACCAUCUUCCUCCUAUCUGUGGGCACAGCCCUGCUUGGCCUAAAGGAGGCGCUACUGUUUAAACUGGGGUCCAAGUACAGCACAUUUGAGCCCGAGGGGGUCCUGGCCAAUGUGCUGGGCCUGCUGCUGGUCUCCUUUGCUGUGGUUGUGGUCUACAUCUUGGCUCAAGCCGACUGGAAGCGGCCUCUCCAGGCUGAAGAGCAAGCUCUUUCCAUGGACUUCAAGACCCUGACUGAGGGAGACAGCCCCAGCUCUCAAUGAGGGCUGGUCCUCCUCGGGGGCUUGGCAGGGGUGGCUCUUCCAUUCUGUGGGGUUCCCAUAGGUGUCUUUUUGUUCACCCUUACCGAGGCUGUCUCCAUGUCCCUGGGCAGAGGAUGGGCAGCCUGGGUAGGGAAUAGGGUUUGUUUUAGCUAGACUCUAGGUUAGGGUUUGUCCUGUUCUCCCUCCUCCCUUGCAGCGAUAGCAGUAUCGCAUGGCUCCUGUGAAGGCCUGCAGGAGACCUGUGCCCCUGUGCUGCUCCUUCAAAUACGGAAGGCUUUGGGGGUCAGAUGGUGGCAGAUCCUUAGAGAUGCUGGAGAGUGGCUCUGCCCUUUCUCAGGCUGCAGAUGCCUGUAGUGAGGCCAGGGAAACUCCAGGGCUGAGAUGGGAAGGCUGGGAAGAGCAACGGCUGCUGCUUUGUAUAGCAGAGUUGUUGGCAGUGGAGCCAGUGAUGAUAUGUCUCAAGUAUGUUAGCAUUCAGAGAAAAGCUCCCCAAGAGAAGAGAGGGAGUGGCCCAGGGAAGUGCUGUGAUAUGUCUCAGCCUAGCUGCCAUCUUGAAUCUCCUAUUCCUUAACCCAUGAGCCGAGGGAUGGCUUUGUGUGAGUGGGAGGGAACAGAUGCACAUGGCCUCAGAGAUACUUGCCCUGGCCCCUGAGGCUGGCCUGCUUGGAGGCAGCAGCCUCACAGCUGCCUGUCCCAGGAUUCCUUUUGGCAGGGCCUGGGCUUAGCCCUGGUUUCCACUCAGGCCAUCUCAGGCAGGGUCCAGGAGGCCGAGGGCACAGACACUUUCUAGGUUUUUAAGCAACGAGCAACCUCAUGUUGCUCCACUAGGGGCUUCUGAGCUGGAGGCUGAGCCCCUCCCUUACCUGGGCCCAAUGUGCAGGGUGUUAGGAUCAAGACAGAAUAAGAUGAGGCCCAUGGUGUCUGCACAUCACUCCAAUCCCUAAUGUACUGUUAGCUGAGUCACUGUUUGGCUUUAGUCUAGAAAUAACAUGAUUAGAACAUUGAUCUUGUGCUUUCCUGAGUUUGGUGAAUAUAUUUCCUUUGUUUUCUGGACUUUGAGGACAAUUUUCUCUGACUGCUGACAACUUGGGACAGAUAUAGUUUACCUAAGGAAUACAAUAAAACAGACUCCUAUUGUUUUGAAAGUUGCCUUUUACCUUAAAGCUGCCUUUGAGAAACAGAUUGGCCAUCUGUCUCUCAGAUUUGUAAUGAUGAGCCUCCUCCCCCAGUCUCUUCCAUCUCUUCUCCACUCCCAGGAUGAUGCUUUGCUCCCAGGAUCAACUGUAUACCUGGCAAGAAUGGGGGUCUUAUCAAUCCUGUGAUCACUGGCAUACACACUCAAAUAUUUACCCAUGGGAAACUUGCCCUUUGACAAACUGCCAAUGUACAAUCAUAUAUCUCCCUUGCCAGGUUCUACAGAGAACAGGAACCCUGCAUUUGUAAUGAGACUGUAAACUGGUCUGUUUGCCAAAGUGUAUGCUGGAUGACUAAGGACCAAAGAUGACCCCAACAGAUGUGUGUGGUUUCAAUGUUUGCUUGAGCCAGUCUCCUGAUGUGCAACAGAUGAAUCAAUAAAUGUCUACAGCAGA